AUGCAUUUCUUUCUAUGGGUUCUGCUACUAGCAACUCUAGGAGAUCAUCAUGAGUACUGGCUACCAUCCCGAUAUUCACGGACCGUCGCUGCUCGCUUCCUUGCUAAAAGAAUGGUUGCGGCUUUUCAGAACGAGUCCAUAAGCUUGAAAGAUGCAAAUGCCGCCGUUAGUGAAGCAAAAAACCUGAGUACAACCAUUACAAAUGUGGCCAAAUUCGACACACGGCUAAACCACCUUCUGGUGGACACAAUUACGGGCAGAGUAUUUGUCGGCGGAGUGAACCGAUUGUACCAGCUGUCGCCGGACUUGGAUCUCCAUGAGACAGUGAAAACCGGACCCCAGAACGAUUCUGUCGAGUGCAGUAUACUCGACUGUCCGCUAAACGCCGUUCGCAGUCCUACAGACAACUAUAACAAAGUACUUCUAAUAGAUAGAGCCACUUCGCGCCUUAUCGCGUGCGGCUCCCUAUUCCAAGGCACGUGCACAGUGCGUAAUCUUCAGAACGUCAGUAUAAUUGAGCACGAGGUACCAGAUGCAGUGGUGGCAAACGAUGCCAAGUCGUCAACAGUGGCAUUCAUAGCACCAGGGCCUCCCCAGCAUCCCGUGACCAAUGUAAUGUAUGUCGGAGUUACAUACACGAACAAUUCCCCGUACCGCAGUGAAAUCCCAGCUGUGGCGUCACGAUCCCUCGAAAAGACCAAGAUGUUCCAGAUCGCUUCAUCGGCGGUAACAACUGGAACCCGAACUUUCAUCAAUUCGUACGCACGAGAAUCAUAUUUCGUGAACUAUGUGUAUGGCUUCAGUUCGGAGAGGUUCUCGUAUUUUCUGACCACCCAACUAAAGCACAACCACCACUCGUCCCCGAAGGAGUACAUAACGAAACUAGUCCGGAUAUGUCAAGAGGAUUCCAACUAUUAUUCGUAUACUGAGAUCCCAGUCGAGUGCAUCAGCGAGGCCCAGGGCGGCACCAAAUUCAACCUGGUGCAGGCGGGUUUCUUGGGAAAGCCCAGCUCGGAUCUGGCCCAAAGCUUGGGAAUUUCCAUCCAAGACGACGUUCUGUUUGCUGUGUUCUCAAAAGGAGAUGGAAACGCACCCACCAACAAUUCGGCCCUCUGCAUAUACUCCUUGAAAUCCAUUCGUCGUAAAUUUAUGCAAAAUAUAAAAUCGUGCUUCAAUGGCAAUGGAAUGCGCGGACUGGACUUUAUCUCGCCAAGUAUGCCGUGCGUUUUAACGAAGCUGCAAACUAUUGGAGAGGAUUUCUGUGGAUUGGACGUGAAUUCUCCGCUGGGAGGAGAGAACCCAAUCACCUCCGUACCCGUGGCAAUGUUCAGCGCAAGACUUACCUCAGUGGCGUCCACUAGCACAAGCGGAUACACUGUUGUCUUUGUUGGAACAGUGGACGGAUACCUUAAGAAAGUUGUGGUCGAAUCGUCGUCCGUUGCAAACGAGUACGCCAGUUUUCCCGUGGAUGUCGGCUCUGCUAUCAAUCAAGACAUGAAGUUUGACAACCAAAAUCUCUACAUCUAUGCCAUGUCUGAUCGCAGAGUGAGCAAGGUGAAAGUUUUCGACUGCUCCGACUAUAAGACCUGCGGAGAGUGCUUGGGCGCCAGAGAUCCGUACUGUGGCUGGUGCUCCUUGGAGAACAAGUGCAGUCCGCGCUCCAAUUGCCAGGACGAUGCCAACGACCCGCUGUAUUGGGUUAGCUACAAGACUGGCAAGUGCACAACGAUAACGAGUGUGGUCCCGCAUCAACUGCAACGCACUACCGCCCGCACCCUAGAGCUAAUCAUCGAUCACUUGCCACAGCUGAAGGAGAAUCUAAUUUGUGCUUUUACCACUGAGGACAAGGCGCUCUUUACCAACGCCACCAAGAAACGCAACGGAGUGAACUGUACCACACCCCGCACAGACAUGCUGCCACAAAUUGAGCAGGGAAAACACCAUUUCACAGCCAAGUUGUCUGUGCGCACCAGGAACGGACCGGACCUGGUGUCCACAGAUUUCACCUUCUUCGACUGCAGUACCCACUCUUCUUGCACCCGCUGUGUUUCCUCAGAGUUCCCAUGUGAUUGGUGCGUUGAGGCACAUAGGUGCACGCAUGACACCGCUGAGAAUUGCCGCAACGACAUACUAGUAACAGGGGUGAGCCGGAUAGGUCCGAGCUAUAGGUCGGGACCUGGAUUCUGUCCGACGAUUAAUGCAACGGGUGACGGAAGCGAAGUGCUUGUGGCUGCGGGAACGAGUAAAUCCAUUAAGGUUAAAGUCCAUAUAAUCGGACAGUUUAUUGUGCAGACCCGAUUCGUUUGCCAGUUCAAUAUCGAGGGGCGUGUAACCAGCCUAAAUGCUCAGUUGCUUGGCGACACCAUCUACUGUGACAGCAUGGAGUUUCAGUAUACCUCCAGAUCGCCUAACUUGACGGCAACCUUUGCUGUUAUUUGGGGUGGAUCGAAGCCCCUUGAUAAUCCGCACAAUAUCCAUGUUGUAAUUUAUCGAUGCCGAGACAUGGCCGAUAGUUGUGGAAUUUGCUUGGCAUUGGCGGACAAAUACAACUGCGGCUGGUGCUCGUCCACCAAUACGUGUGAGGUAGAAGAGCAGUGCAAUAAGAACAAUGAGGGCAAAACGGAUUGGUUGAAUCGGAGCGAAAUUUGCCCCAACCCAGAAAUUCACGCAUUUGACCCGAAAACGGGUCCGUGGGAAGGCGGCACAAACAUAACGAUACGAGGAAUCAACCUGGGCAAGAACUAUAACGACAUCUACUCGGGAGUUCGCAUAGCUGGCAUCAACUGUAUGCCGUUCCCGCAGUUCUACAUCGACACAAAGCAAAUUGUUUGCACGGUAGAUAGUCCAGGCGAGCAGAUGUACAGAAAUGGAAGAAUAGUGGUCCAAAUAGGGGACUACCGCGGUGAGUCAAAGGAGGAUUACGAAUUUGUUGAUCCGAAAAUACUAGACUUUAAUCCAAAGUUUGGUCCUACGUCCGGUGGCACCGAAGUGCACAUUUCUGGAAAACACUUGAAUGCCGGCUCCCGCAUUCAAGCCUCUAUCAACGACCAUUUGCCCUGUAAAAUUUUGAGCGCAGAUUCUUCGCAAGCCAUAUGUCGCACCUCCCCGUCCCCAGGAAUAAUCGAGGGGCGACUAAAGAUGUCGUUUGAUAACGGCCCCCGCGAGUUCAACGAUUACAAUUUCAAAUAUGUGCUGGAUCCCACUGUUGAGCACGUCAGCUCUGGACCCACAGGUCAGAUCAAAGUGCCCAAGGGCAUACCGGCCGGGGGUAUUCGCAUCUCGGUUAUUGGCACACAAUUCACGAGCAUACAGUCUCCCAGCAUUUAUGUGGUGUACAACAUGGAUAUGUAUGCAAGCCAGUGCCGAGUCCAAUCGGAUGUAGAAAUGGAGUGUGCAUCACCGAUUAUUGAGGCAGACAGCAAGAACUUGGACGCCGAAAGCCCAAUGCUUCUCGAGUACGGUUUUCUUAUGGACAAUGUGCUUCGUGUGCAGAAUCUGUCGAAGAUACACAACAACCACUUCGAGCUGUAUCCGAACCCAGAGUACUUCGUGUUUGAGGAGAGGGUCAAGUAUUUUAAGAGCGAGUACCUAACCAUAAACGGUCGAAAUUUGGACCGCGCCUGUAAGGAAAGCGAUGUGGAGGUGAGAAUAGGAAACGGUUUCUGCAACAUCACGUCUCUCUCUCGUCAGCAACUCACGUGUCGACCCCCGCCCGAAGCCACCGCGACUAAGAGCCCCAACGGACCCGAAGUUAUUGUUCGCAUCGGAUCUUCGCUGGAGUACCGCAUAGGGAUACUGAGCUAUGAGUCGUCGAACAUAAUUUUGGACUGGGGAGAGAACGUCAUAUUCGCGGUAAUAGCCAGCAUUGUGAUCCUGCUGCUCAUCUUCGUGGCCUUGCUGGUGGCCUAUAAGAAAAAGAGCUCAGAGUCGAACCGAGUACUGCGCAACAUGCAAGAACAGAUGGACAUACUGGAGUUGCGAGUUGCUGCCGAAUGCAAAGAAGCCUUUGCUGAACUCCAGACUGAAAUGACUGACCUCACAGGUGAUCUUACUUCUGGAGGCAUUCCUUUCCUGGACUACCGAUCGUAUGCCAUGAAGAUUCUCUUUCCCAACCACGAAGAUCACGUUGUGUUGCAGUGGGAAAGACCAGAACUCCUGCGCAAGGAAAAGGGCCUGCGUAUUUUCGGGCAACUCAUAAUGAACAAAACGUUCCUACUACUCUUCAUCCGUACUCUUGAGUCGAAUCGAUACUUUUCGAUGCGAGAACGAGUCAAUGUGGCCUCGUUGAUAAUGGUUACAUUACAGUCAAAGCUUGAGUACUGCACAGAUAUUCUGAAGACCUUGUUGGGCGACUUAAUCGAGAAGUGCAUAGAAGGGAAAAGUCAUCCCAAAUUGUUACUACGGCGAACCGAAAGUGUGGCUGAGAAAAUGUUAAGUGCUUGGUUUACAUUUCUGCUCUACAAGUUCUUAAAAGAGUGCGCAGGAGAGCCUCUAUACAUGCUCUUCCGUGCUGUGAAGGGACAAGUGGACAAGGGGCCUGUGGAUGCCUGCACUCACGAAGCCAGAUAUUCCCUUAGUGAGGAGAAACUCAUACGGCAGUCCAUCGAUUUUCGGCCAAUGAAUGUCUAUGCCAGCAUUAUACAGCAACCAAUCUUCUGCAACAACCUUGACAUGCUGCCCUCCCACACCGAAAACGUGUCCGUAAAGGUUUUGGACUGCGAUACAAUUGGUCAAGUGAAGGAAAAAUGCUUGGAGACAAUCUACAGAAACAUACCAUCCAGCCAGAGACCUCGCAAAGAAGAUUUAGACCUAGAGUGGCGCACAGGUGCUACGGGACGAGUAAUUUUGUACGAUGAAGACGUCACUUCAAAGACUGAGAGCGAGUGGAAGAAGUUAAACACAUUGCAGCACUACAACGUUCCAGAUGGUGCUGGAUUGAGCUUGGUCCCGAAGCAAAGCUCAAUCUAUAACUUCAGUAUAUUAUCGGAUAAAAAUGAGAAAUCUCACAAGUAUGAAACUCUUAAUAUAUCGAAGUACACCUCCUCCUCUCCGACAUUUAGCCGCGCCGGCAGCCCUUUGAACAACGAUAUGCAGGAUAGCGGUAUAAGGUACUGGCAUUUGGUGAAACAUCACGACAGUGAUAUGCAGAAAGAAGGCGAACGAGUCAAUAAACUGGUGUCUGAGAUCUAUCUAACCAGACUGUUGGCCACUAAGGGCACACUGCAAAAGUUUGUGGACGAUCUCUUUGAGACAAUAUUCAGCACUGCUCAUCGUGGAUCAGCUCUGCCAUUGGCAAUUAAAUACAUGUUUGAUUUCCUUGACGAUCAAGCCCAAUUGCACGGGAUAACUGAUCCUGAGGUGGUGCAUACGUGGAAGAGCAACAGUCUACCAUUGCGUUUUUGGGUAAACCUUAUAAAAAAUCCAAACUUCGUCUUCGACAUACACAAGUCGAACAUUGUAGAUUCCUGCCUAUCAGUUGUUGCACAAACAUUCAUGGACUCCUGCUCUACUUCCGAUCAUCGUUUGGGCAAAGACUCUCCAAGCUCGAAACUACUAUAUGCUAAAGACAUUCCAGAGUAUCGAAAGUGGGUAGAUCGCUACUACAGAGAUAUUCGAGAUAUGUCGCCUAUCUCAGACCAAGAUAUGAAUGCUAUGCUUGCUGAAGAAUCAAGGCUGCAUACGACAGAGUUUAACACCAAUUGUGCUCUGCAUGAGCUGUACACUUACGCUGUGAAAUACAAUGAACAGCUCACUGUUACUCUAGAGGAAGAUGAAUUUUCACAGAAGCAGCGAUUGGCUUUCAAAUUGGAACAAGUUCAUAACAUUAUGUCAGCUGAAUAGAAGAGUCCCAAGGAGUUCUCCUGAAGGCGAUGUCUCAAAGCGAUGCAAAUGAUUUAUGAAAAUGGCCUGUCUAUAAGCCUCUAGUUAAUAGAAACAUUAAUCAUUUAACAGAAAAAGGGUCUUUCCCUACAUACCAACCCAAUAUGGAAAUAUAUAUGUGUAUGUGUAUGUAUUUAUGUGUGUGUAUCCCAUGCGAAUGUGAGCUAACUUGCUAUAAGCUGUAUGUUUAGAUGAUAUUUACUAUUUAAUUUGUGUCUAUUGUGGAUGUAAACAUAUACGAAUGUGUAUUAAUAUACGAAAUUAUGGAUAAUUAAUUAAUUAAUUUACAUCAAUAAAUAUAUGCCAUAGGGCCAACUUUCACAUUUAUUGACGUCUGACCAUCUGACCAAUUAAAAAACUUGUAAAAUCUAAAAAAAAACCGCCAAACCUAAACAGUCCCAUAAAAAGCCCAUAUUCUCUAUAUUCACAUGAACACAAACAAAAUUUCAAACUGUAUGUGUUGCCAUGAAUCGUUCGCUACUCGUUUUGCCCUCGCCAAUGAAACAAUGUAAAAUCAACGUAUCAGAUAAAAAGUCGAAGAAAACUACCAAACUUCUCAUGUCGUUGCUCAUUAAACAAAACAAUUACAUAUGUCUAUAUUGUAUGUAUGUAUGGAUAUAAGUAAGGUAAGAUCAGAUAUUCGACAUAAAAUAAUCCAAAUGCAAAAAUUGACUGAUUUUAAUUUUUAUUAAAUAUAAAAUUAAUGUUUACCUAUAAUUUGUUUUUAAAUUGCUGACAUUGGUAAUGAACGAUAUUUUUAUAUUCUUCUGUUACGUUUCUGUUUCUUGUCUUACAAGUCACAUUCCAUUUUGACAAGAUAUCUAACAUACAGAUCUACAUAUUCAACAACAUAUAAGCCUACAUGAUGUCAAAGUUGGUGCAAUGUGAAAGUAACAGUACUGAAUAAUAGAAGUGAAAUGUAAAGUAGCGCAAUCAACUUCUGCUAAAUAAUCUAUAAUUUGUAUAAUUAAUACAAUAUUUAAGAACUGCAACUCGUACUACACACCUAAAACACCUAUGUUAACAAAUGAACUAUGAAUACUAUGCUACCUGGUUUCCAGGCUUUGCAAAAUGUUCAAGAGUUUUAUCCUUUGUAUCCUUACUAUGAUGUAUUUCGUUAGUAUUAAUUUACUGCUCAUAUGCAACUCAUGUACAGAUUAAAUUAUUACAAGACUUAGUUUAUUAUUCUUUUCUUAUACUAGAAUUUAAAUUCAGAAUUGUCCAAAUGUGAAUGUAUGUAUAUUCCCGCAGAAGAGUCAAAUGUUAAAUUUUGUUUAAGACACUUUUGUGUUAUUUUACGAAAAUAGUGAUUAUGUUGCUAAAAAAACGAUUAGCGGCAACUGUAAGCACAACGCAUCUGUAAAAUGUCCCUUAAUGUUAUGUGUUUAGGACAGGACGACCUUUAGCACCAGGGCAUACGAGGGUUUUUUUUUCUUUGUCUUUAUUUGAUUUUUUCGUGUCGUUCGUGACUCUUAAUAGUUGAUUUUAAAAUGUUUAUAUGUCAUUUUGUAGUUCAACAAUUGCAUUACAAAAAAAAAUAGGAGUAACUGUAUGGGUAUUAUCAGCGCUUCUAUUCUGUUCUGUGCUUCUGUUUUUAGUGCUGUUCUUAAAAAUAAAAAAAUUUCCAACAGGUCAAUUUAACAACACACCAUUAAAAAAUGAAGAGUAUAUAGCCAUAUAAGACAAUUGUAAUACGUAAAUGUUAUAGUACUCUAUAUUUGAUGUAUCUGUGUAUGUAUGUAUGUAAUUAGCAUUUUCAAAUAAUAAGAGAGAAACAAAUAUUUAUGUGUGCAAAAUAAUAAUAAUAUUUAAAAUAUACGAUGUAUAUAUUUAUUGGGUUCUUUACAUGUGUGAAGCGGUCAACUAUCACAUAUAAUAUAACAUACAAAUUAGAACAGACUUUUUAUGUUUGGCUGCCUAAGCCGCAAGAAACCGCAAUCACUAUACAGAAAACCCCCGAAUCAAAGCACAUUAUCCAUUAUGCACAUUAAUAAUCGUAACUACCAUAACUAGUAAAAAUGGAUUAUUUGAAAAAUUGCCCACCAAAUCAAUAUCCCAAUAUAGUUAUGUAUUAUAAAAAAAAACAUCUUAAUUCGGCAAGCCGAAGCUGAAAUACCCUUGCAAAUAUAUAUAUUCCACAUUCAAACUGCUGAUUUGUUCUCCAAAUUUCUUAUGAUUGUAAGAAUGUAGUACUUAUACGGGUAUUAUUUAUAAAACGACAUGGGCUAGUACGUAUCUACUGAUAACACUGCAGUUCGAAAAAAGACAAUAUUAAUCCAGACUUCAGUCAAUAUUUAUGAAAAUAAAUCGUAUAUAAACAGA